GGGGCAGCAGUGUGCCAUAAAGGCGCCUAGGUUAUUACACUCGAGACGACGACGAAGAACAAGUUCUCUCUGAAGAAGAAAGUACAGUUGCCGAUAAAAUGCUGGACACGCGGUUUGUUUCAGCGGUAUAUCGUUGACGAGCAACUUUCAAUUAGCAAACAACAUGUUCGGCAAGAAGAGGAGUGAGCCCCUCCCAAGAGGAAAGGGCGCCGCCGCUGCCAAGCAGAUGGGCCUCUUCUUAGGCAUGGACCCCGAGGACAUGAUGUCGAUGGCUGCCGAAGAGGGUUUGGACGACCCGGACUUAGAGGCCGAGCUAGCAGCCAUCACUGGGGCCAAAGCGGCUACUGUUGCCGGGGGGAAAGCCAAGCACAAGGGAAGAAGCCCACUGCCGAUGGAGGACAUCGCCAAAAUGGCUGAUGAAUGUAUGCGAGACGUGGAUGAGGAUGAAGAUGACGACAAUGUAGAGGAUGACGAAGACCUCCUGGCUGAGCUAGAGGAAGUGGUGGGCGAGGAUGGCGGGGAGCCUGAGGUUGUUUCUUCUUCAUCUGCGGUGGCUGCUGUUGAAUCUUCAGUGCUGGAAAUGAGCGUGCCUCCAGCGGCAGCCGUGCCUGGCAGCGUGCAGCACACAUUGGAGGAGAGGCUCACUAUGUACAUGACGGCGCUGCACAAUGCCAAGACAGCAGGCGAGGGCGCCAAAGCCCGGCGGCUCCAACGCGGACUAAAGACGCUGGAGUCCAUGUUGGCUGCAGUAAAGAAAGGUCGCCAGGUGAGCGAGGCGGAGAUUCCUCCGCCGGUCGCCACGGGAACCAAAAGCGCCACGACGCGUGCCGCUCCGGCCCUCGUCACACCUCCUGAGAUCAUCACGCCUGAUGGCGUAGAGGAGGAACAGGACUCGUCCACCUCCCCGCCAACACUCGCUGUUGAGCCAUCACAGGAGCAGGCGGAUCCUUCCCAGGAGCAGGCGGAUCCUUCCCAGGAGCAGGCGGAUCCUUCCCAGGAGCAGGCAGAUCCUUCACAGGAGCAGGUGAAUCCUUCACAGGAGCAGGCGGAUCCUUCAUCGGACCAUGCGGUUCCUUCAACGGAGCAAGCAGACACCUCACCAACUCCUAAUAAUGACGCGAGCGAGCGAGUGGCAACUAUAAGUUCGCAAAGGCAGCAAGAGUACAAAAUGGCUGCCCUGGCAGCCAAGAAGGCAGGAGAGGUGCAGCAAGCCAUGGUCUACUUCAGGACCAGCAAGAAGUUUAAUUCCGUGAUCGAGGCCUUGAAACAAGGACAAGCUGUUGACCUGAGCGGCCUGCCUCCACCUCCAGGUACAGGUGGAAGUGCAGCAUCAGUCAAGCAAAACGCCCAAGUCCCCCAGCCGGCGGCAGCAGCUCCAGCCCCGCCGGCUCCCAGGGAUGCACUGGAGGCCCUGGAGCAGAGGCGAGCCAAGUACGCCGAGGCGUCGGCUCAGGCCAAAGCGGGCGGGGACGAGCGGAAGGCUCGCAUGCACGACCGCAUUGCUAAGCAAUACCAGAGUGCCAUCCGAGCUCACAAAGCGGGAAAAACAGUCAACUUUGAUGAGCUCCCUGUUCCACCAGGCUUUCCUCCCAUCCCGGGCCAGAAGGCCACGACGGCCGAGCAAGGGUUGUUUGCUGCGCUGGAGGUCGCCUCCAAGAUCUCCACUACUGAUGAUGAUGCUGGGAGUGCAGAUGAGGAAGAAGAGAAGGAAGUGGAGCCAAAGAAGAGCACACUAAGCGUCCCGGCUGCAUCGAGAGGUCAGAGAAGAUCUCCGUCUGCCUCACCCGAGAGAACAUCCGCCAGAGAUCUCUCACCUGCAGCAGCGCAGCAGUUGGCGUUCCUCGAGGGCCGCCGCAAACAGUACAUGAAGGCCGCGCUGCACGCCAAGCAGAAGAACGAUAUGGAGCAGGCCAAGAGCUUCCUGCGCACCGCCAAGGGUCUCGAGGCCAUGGUGGAGGCGGCGCGCAGCGGAAAAACGGUGGACGUCAGUUCGGUGCCGUCGCCCCCGGGUGAUGAGGAGGAGGACUUUGUCCUGGUGCACCACAGCGAUGUGGGGCUUUCGGAGAAGGCAGAGCAGCUCUACUCACAGUUGAUCAAGAUCCUCAAAGAGCAGCACGAGAAAUGUUUGACUUACUCCAAGCAAUUCACCCACCUGGGAAACAUUACAGAGACCACCAAGUUCGAGAAGAUGGCCGAGUCAUGUAAAAAGAGUAUGGAGGUCCUGAAGAUAUCUCAAGCUAAGGGUCUGCCUCCCCCCAAACAUCACUUUGAAGACAAAACCUUCCACACGGUCAGGAUGUUCCCAGAUCUCAGCAGCACAGAGAUGGUGGUGGUUAUUGUGAAAGGCAUGAAUCUUCCUGCUCCUAGUGGCAUCCAAACGAACGACCUGGAUGCUUACGUCAAGUUCGACUUCCCCUACCCCAGCACGGAGCAACCGCAGAGACACAAAACGAACGUCAUAAAGAACACCAACUCUCCAGAGUACAACCAGAGCUUCAGCCUGUCAAUCAACCGUAAUCACCGCGGCUUUAGGAGAGUGGUGACAUCCAAAGGUCUCAAGCUGGAGCUGCUGCACAAAGGCGGCUUCCUGCGGAGCGACAAGCCCAUCGGGAUGGCGCACGUAAAGCUGGAGCAGCUGGAGUCCCACAGUGAAAUCAGGGAGAUCGUCGAGGUGAUGGAUGGCCGCAAGCCUACCGGCGGUCGCGUGGAAGUCCGUGUCCGCCUCCGGGAGCCCCUAAACGGGCAGGACACGCAGGCAAGCACCGAGCGCUGGCUGGUGGUGGAGCGGUCCCAGCUUCUCGUCUAGACCUUCAAGAUGUAAGUACACCACGUCUGCCACGAUGCUACGCAAAUGAGCUUGACCAUGCUUCAUGCUUGUGCAGGUGGAAGGCAACCGAUCUUACUCAGGAGGUGUUCCAACCCCCGCCCCUUCCCCUCGGACCACUUUUAAACUAUUUGCACACUGGCAAGACACCCAGCUGCUUGGCCAAGUCACUCAUAAGGCAUUGAGCAACAUCUGCUGGCCAAGUGUAAGACUUCAUCUUAAAGACUGUACGUGCAAGCUCAAGUGGUGUCUAUGCACUAAUAUACCAAAGUAAUCCAUGUUGCUGUAAAAGAAAUCCGAAGCUAUUCGUAGCCAAGGCUCAGUGUAAUAUAUUAGUACACAGAAUUCGUUCACAUACAAACAAAAAGUAACCAAGCCAUGCACAAACCUGACAGUGGAAUCUCCUUUGUAUGUUACAAACGGAUUUAGUGGAAAGAAAUGCUUGUCAUAUUUCUUAAAAGUGAGUAAAAAUUGCAAUUUGGUACGGAUAUGCCUUAAUGAAAAGAGCAAAGCAUUUGCUGUUGUGGGCCACAAAAAAUAUGGCAGGGUUGAAG